CUUUGUUUUUUAUGGUUACAUUUUAUUCGCUUUGUUGUUUUCUCGAAGAUGAUGGAGUCUAAUAUAAUCGUUUUUCAAACGUGCAGCUUCUAUUUCUUCCUUCUUUUGUGUUGCGCAUAUGGAGACAUGAGCUAUUCUUUUCCAGAGGAGAUGAAACGAGGAUCGGUUAUUGGAAAUAUAGCCAAGGAUCUCGGGCUGCAGACGGGUGCUCUGUCUAACAGGAGAGCCCGCAUUGACACGGAUGGGACGGAUAAACGUUAUUGUGACAUAAACCUGAAUAACGGAGAGCUGGUUGUUGCGGACAGGAUUGACCGAGAGGGGCUCUGUGGCGAAAAGGCUUCGUGUAUCUUAAAACAGGAGCUUGUGCUGGAGAAUCCUCUCGAGCUCCAUCGGAUAACUCUACACAUUCAAGAUAUAAAUGAUAACUCCCCACAGUUUGAUGAAGAAGCGAUUAAAAUUGAAAUUCACGAGUCUGCUGUCAGAGGAGCUCGUUUUGUGGUAGAGGAGGCGCAUGAUGCGGAUGUAGGACAAAACUCAGUUCAGCAGUACAGCCUAAAAAAGAAUGACAAUUUCAUUUUGGCUGCUAAUGGAAACACAAUCGAGCUUGUUCUUGAUAAAGAGCUAGAUCGAGAGAAGCAAAAAGAGAUCAAUUUGCUCCUCACAGCUUUAGAUGGAGGCUCUCCUCAGAGAUCAGGUACUGUAGUCAUACACGUCACUGUCCUGGAUGCUAAUGAUAACGCCCCAGUGUUCAGUCAGGCCGUCUAUAAAGCCAGUCUGCCUGAAAACUCUCCUUUAGAUACUGUGGUGGUCACAGUGAGUGCUGCUGAUGCAGACGAGGGAGUUAAUGGAGAGGUGACUUAUGACAUUGGACAUGUUACUGAAGAUGUGAAGAAGAUUUUUAGUAUUGAUCGUAAGUUGGGAGAAAUAAAAGUAAUUGGUGCUGUUGACUAUGAAACUACUUCAUCCUUUGAAAUACGCGUUAAAGCAAAAGAUGGUUUGGGUCUUUCAUCUUACGCUAAGGUGAUCAUUUCUAUCACUGAUGUGAAUGACAACGCCCCUGUAGUCAGUUUGAAAUCACUGAUGAAUCCCAUACCUGAGGACACCCCACCUGGUACAGAGGUGGGCAUCAUUAAUGUGCAGGAUAGAGACUCUGAGACUAACAGACAGGUCCGCUGCUCCAUUCAGCAAAAUGUCCCUUUUAAGUUGGUUCCUUCUAUUAAAAACUAUUAUUCUGUGGUGAGCACAGGACAACUGGACCGUGAACUAGUGUCUGAUUACAACAUUACAAUCACUGCCACUGACGAGGGCUCUCCACCUCUGUCCUCCUCUAAAACUGUUCAGUUAUCUGUAGCAGACAUCAACGACAACCCACCUGUGUUUGAGGAACAGUCGUACAGCGCAUAUGUGAGUGAAAAUAACAAACCUGGCUCCACUUUAUGUUCCGUUAGUGCUCGAGACCCCGACUGGAGACAGAACGGUACAGUGGUUUAUUCUCUGUUAUCCGGUGAGGUGAACGGUGCCCCGGUGUCCUCCUAUGUGUCAGUGAACGGAGACACGGGGGUGAUCCACGCUGUGAGGUCGUUUGAUUAUGAACAGUUCAGGAACUUUAAAGUGCACGUGAUGGCCAGAGACAACGGUUCUCCUCCUCUCAGCAGCAACGUGACCGUGAGUGUGUUCAUAUCGGAUGUGAAUGACAACUCUCCUCAGAUACUGUACCCCGCCCCGGAGGGCAACUCCUUCAUGACCGAGCUGGUCCCCAAAGCUGCACACGGAGGCUCUCUGGUGUCCAAAGUGAUAGCAGUGGACGCGGACUCCGGACAGAACGCCUGGCUGUCCUAUCAUAUAGUGAAAUCCACUGAUCCGGGACUUUUCACUAUUGGUGUCCACAGCGGAGAGAUCAGGACCCAGCGGGACAUUUCUGAGUCUGACAGCAUGAAACAGAACCUUAUUGUGUCAGUGAAAGAUAACGGACAGCCCUCUCUGUCUGCCACCUGUUCCAUGUAUUUACUGAUUUCUGAUAACUUGGCUGAGGUGCCAGAACUGAAGGACAUUUCUUAUGAUGAGAAGAGCUCCAAACUGACCUCUUAUCUGAUCAUCGCGCUGGUGUGUGUGUCCACCUUUUUUCUUACCUUCAUCAUCAUCAUCAUGGGUGUGAGGUUUUGUCGCAGGAGAAAGCCCAGACUGUUGUUUGACGGAGCAGUCGCCAUCCCCAGCGCUUAUCUUCCUCCUAAUUACGCAGAUGUUGACGGCACAGGGACUUUACGCAGCGCUUACAAUUAUGACGCCUACCUGACAACAGGGUCUCGAACCAGUGACUUUAAGUUUGUGUCAUCUUACAAUGACAACACACUGCCUGCUGACCAGACUCUGAGGAAAAGUCCUACAGACUUUGCUGAUGUUUUUGGAGACUGUGAUGAAUCUCCUGAGUGGAACUGGAGUAUUGGGUUAGAGACGAGAGCUGUGUACGCAUGCGUGUUUGUGUAUGAGUCAAAAAUGUCGACAGGAGAUUUGCCUUCGGAAGCAUGUUUAAACAUGGACCAUCGAAAAAACUUAAAAUGGUGGCUGCAUUUUUUAUUUCUUGCCCUACUUUUUGGCGUUUCAUCUGGAGAAGUGCGUUACGUCCUUCCCGAGGAGAUGCAGCGGGGCUCGGUGAUCGGCAAUGUUGCGAGGGAUCUAGGGCUUAAAGUGUCGGAGCUUAACGCUCGUCGGGCCCGUGUUGUUGCAGAGGGAACGAGCCAGCUGUGCGAACUGGACGCUGCGUCAGGCAAUCUUUUGAUCAGCCAACGGAUAGACCGAGAGGAGCUCUGCGCGCAAGCCAGUGUCUGCAUCCUACAGUAUCAGCUUUUACUCGAAGAUCCCCUUAAAGCAUUCAGCUUAGUGUUGGACAUUGCAGAUAUAAAUGACAACAGCCCAGUGUUCCCUGCAGGGGAGAUAACACUAGAUUUAGUCGAAUCAACUGUGCUGGGGAGGCGUUUUCCACUGGAGAGCGCACAUGACCCCGAUCUGGGAACCAACUCUAUCCGUGAAUACAAACUGAGCCCGAAUGAUCACUUUGCACUGGAAAUGAGUACUCAAAUAAACGGCAAUGCUUAUCUGGAACUUGUUCUCAAAAAGCCAUUAGACCGAGAGGCACAAGCUGAACAUGUAUUGGAAAUCAAUGGGAUUGACGGGGGGAAUCCAGUCAGAUCAGGAACUGCUUCUAUUCAUGUCCGUGUUUUGGACGCAAAUGACAAUGUCCCAGUUUUUAGUCAGCGAGUUUACAAAGCCUAUGUGCCUGAGAACUCGCCCAUAGGGACUCUUAUAUCAACACUGAAUGCCACGGACUUGGAUGAAGGUGUCUAUGGAGAGAUAACUUAUUCUUUCAGUCACCUAUCAGACAAGAUAGGAGGUGUUAUUGAAAUCAACCCAAUGAGUGGAGAGGUCCGUGUGGCAGGUCCCAUUGACUUUGAAGAGGCCAGUACGCACGAGCUGGAUGUUCAGGCCAAAGAUGGAGGGGGGCAAGCCUCUCACUGUAAACUUAUCAUUGACAUAAUUGAUGUAAACGACAACAAACCUGUGAUAGAGAUUAAAUCAGCCUCUGCUAAAGUGGCUGAAGACUCUAGACCAGGAACUAUGGUCGCUCUGAUGAAUGUUUAUGACAUGGACACUGGGAGCAGUGGGCACGUCACGUGUACAAUUGCAGAUGAUGUCCCAUUUAAGAUUGUAUCAGAGGUCAAAAACUAUUACAUGUUAGUGACUGACGGGUUGUUAGAUAGGGAGUUUCAACCAGAGUAUAACAUCACAGUGACAGCCACAGAUGCGGGCUCUCCUUCACUCUCCACUGUAAAAGUUUUAACAAUUGUGGUUACUGAUGUCAAUGACAAUCCCCCGACUUUUACUAGUGAGUACAAUGCCAACCUCUUGGAAAACCAACCUGUUGGCACGUUUGUGAUGAAAGUGAAAGCAGAAGAUAUUGAUGAUGGACCCAAUGCUAAAACUCUGUACCAAAUAUCAAGGGACACAAGCUCAGAUGUGUCCUCCUUCCUUACCAUCAACUCAGCAACAGGGGAGCUCUUCACUUCACGCCUCUUUGACUAUGAACAAACAGUUUACUUCCAAAUUAAGGUGACAGCUCAAGAUGGAGGAAGCCCCCCUCUCUCCACUACCUGCACUGUAAACGUUUUUAAAGACCAAAAUGACAAUACACCGGUUGUCCUGUACCCUGUCCAAACUUCCGGAUUCAUUGCUGAAGAUAUGGUGCCAGUUGAAGCGCCAAGAGGUUACCUGGUUACUAAGGUUGUAGCUGUGGACUCGGACUCCGGCCACAACGCAUGGCUUUCCUACAGAAUAAUCAAAGCAACGCAGCCUAACCUGUUUAUGGUCGGCCUGCAUUCAGGAGAAAUCCGAACUGUGCGAGCAUUCAUGGAGGACGAUGAAUCAAAACAAUCUGUUGUGGUUUUAGUGACAGAUAACGGGCCUGAAUCUCUCUCUGCCACAGCUACAGUGAGCAUAGUCAUUGGUGAUGGGCUGCCUGUUUUAAACGAACUCUUUGAGUUUGCAGAUGAAUCACAGGACAGUGAUAACUUGACUCUCUAUUUGAUCAUCGCCCUGAUUGCUGUUUCCUCUCUUCUCAUACUUUUAAUUACUGGUGUGUUUUAUUUUAAGCUCUGUCGGCAGAGUUAUGUUUACCGUUCAACCACUGCCAGUCUCCCCGUUUUCCCUACAGCCUACUGCCCCCCUAGUUUUGCCGAUUUUAGCCAUUGUGGGACCCUACUGAAAGAUGAUCGUUAUGACCCCUUUCUGACCACUGGGUCUUGGAGGGGGGAUUUUCGUUUCAGCUCAAACACAGACACAGACACACUGAAACAAAGAAGUGCAGCCUAUCAGAAAAACACCCUAAGGCGCACUAGUACAGAUAGAGCUAGUCUGAAGGUGAGGUCAGGUGGGCCACAUCCAUGUUACGUUGUCACAUCUGCAGGCUCAUCUGUGCUCCUAAUUUCAGCCGUUGAAGGAGGGAAGGGAGGGGGAGAAACAAGCAAAAUUUAUUUUUUGAAGAUGAAGGGCACCUCACUGGAUUUGCGAGUCUCCAUUUUGCUUUUCUGCGUUGUGACUGCGAUCAGUGGACAAAUUCGUUAUUCUAUACCAGAGGAGAUGAGGAAAGGACUGUUUGUCGGAGACGUUGCUAAAGACCUCGGCUUGGAUGUUAAAAGGUUGGUGUCUGGUCGGGCUCGACUUGUCAUAGAUAAUGAAAUUCAGUAUGUGACGCUGAACCAGAACAAAGGCCAUAUCGUUGUCAAUGAGAGAAUUGACAGGGAAAAGAUAUGCGCCAAGAAGUCGCCCUGUAGCUUUAGUCUAGAAAUUGUCCUCGAAGAUCCUCUUGAAUUGUUUUCUAUUACCGUCGAAAUCCAAGAUGUAAACGACCAUGCUCCCGCAUUUCCCAAAAAAGAAAUACAUCUGGAAAUCAGCGAAUCGACGCCCACGGGUACUGUAUUCCUGCUUGAUAGCGCAGCUGAUCCUGAUGUAGGAAUAAACUCCCUGCAAAGUUACUCAUUAAAGACUAGUGAUCAUUUCAUUCUCAAACAACAAACUCGAGCAGAUGGCAGUAAAUUUGCAGAAUUGGUGCUCGAGCAUGGUUUAGACCGCGAGAAACAGAGCGAACACAGGCUCAUACUGACUGCUGUUGAUGGGGGGGAGCCGCAGAGGUCUGGGACGGUAAAGAUACACGUUUCUGUUCUGGACGCAAACGACAACGCACCUGUUUUUACACAGUCAGUAUACAAAUCAUCAGUCUCUGAAAAUGUUUCCAGGGGCACGGUUGUUGCUAUAGUCAGUGCCGUAGAUGCGGACCAAGGUUUCAAUGGUAACGUCACGUAUUCUUUCACUCAUUUAGAGGAGGAUUCAUCGUGUCCAUUCACAAUAAAUCCUUACACGGGAGAGGUUACGCUCACCGGUGAAAUCGAUUACGAAGUUUCUUCAAAUUAUGAAAUAAACAUUCAAGCCAAAGACCCGUGGGGUUUAGUGGGCGCCAGCAAAUUAAUGAUAGAGCUAAUUGAUGUGAAUGAUAACAGUCCACUAAUUAUAAUGGCUUCAUUUUCUGGUAAGAUUUCCGAGGAUUCUACACCCGGAACUGUCGUGGCGUUAAUCAGUGUCCAAGAUAAAGAUUCUGGUAAAAAUGGGCAAAUUCAUUUAAAUAUAGAUGAAGGGCUCCCGUUCAAAAUCAAAUCAUCUCUUCGGAACUAUUACACAUUGGUUACAGAGCAAAAUCUCGACCGAGAAAAGCUAUCCAAGUACAACAUCACCCUCACUGCCACAGAUGAAGGGUCGCCUGCCUUAUCAAGCACAAAAGCUGUCGUUUUAGAUGUUACUGAUAUUAAUGACAACGCCCCAGCUUUCAGCCAACGUGUUUACAACACUCAGGUAAUGGAAAACAAUUCUCCUGGUGUCGCUUUGGUACAGAUCCAUGCCACUGAUCCCGAUCAAGGUCAAAAUGCACGCAUAUCAUAUUUUCUUAUUGAUGGCGAGGUCAAUGGACAUCCUGUCUCCGAAUUUUUCUCAAUCAACACGGAGAGUGGAGUCAUUCAGUCACUGCGUUCACUUGACUAUGAACAAGUCAAAGAGUACAAAAUACGAGUCAAAGCACAGGAUGGAGGCUCACCACCAUUAAGUAGUAACACAACAGUUAUUGUGCGUGUCCGGGACCAGAACGACAACCCCCCUCAGGUCCUGUACCCAGUCCAGACUGGUGGAUCAGUGGUGGCUGAGAUGGUGCCUCGUGCUGCAGAUGUGGGCUACCUGGUGACUAAAGUGGUGGCUGUUGAUGUGGACUCUGGACAGAAUGCCUGGCUCUCGUAUAAACUGCAGAAAGCCACAGACAGGGCGCUGUUUGAAGUGGGCUUACAGAAUGGAGAAAUCAGAACUAUCCGUCAAGUGAAUGAUAAAGAUGCUGUGAAACAAAGACUGACUGUUAUAGUGGAGGACAACGGGCAGCCGUCUCGUUCAGCUGCAGUCAUUGUUAACGUGGCGGUGGCGGACAGCUUCCCUGAAGUGCUGUCUGAGUUCACUGACUUUACACACGACAAGGAGUACAAUGACAACCUGACUUUUUACUUAGUGCUGGCUUUGGCUGUAGUAUCCUUCCUCUUCAUCACGUGUGUAGUGGUUAUUAUAUCAGUGAAAAUCUACAGAUGGAGACAGUCUCGCACCCUGUAUCACUCCAACCUCCCUGUGAUUCCAUAUUAUCCACCACGUUACUCAGACACUUUGGGCACAGGGACUCUCCAGCACGUGUACAAUUACGAGGUGUGCAGGACGACUGACUCCAGAAAGAGUGACUGUAAGUUCGGCGGAGCUGGUAGUCAGAACGUGCUGAUAAUGGACCCCAGUUCUACAGGGACCAUGCAGCGGAUACAGAGUGAGAAGAGCAUCCUGGACGAACCAGACUCUCCUCUGGAGGUUAGUUAA